CAGGAAUUUGCUUCGGAUUUCUACCAGACAGACUCGACAACAUGCGAUCGGAUUCUUUCUUCUGUAACACCUCGAGCCUCGUCCCUGCAACGUGCUCGGACGGGAUUAGCAGGAAACACGACCCCAUCCUCGAUCAGCGAUGAGCCAUACUUAAGUACUCCUACCUGUAUAGUUCGUUCAUGAAAAAAAAUGCCGAAGAUUCAAACACAGACCGGAUGCAAUAUGAUACGGUCACCUACAAUCGACCAUGCAUCCCCCUACACCUCCACCAUGAGUGUCAUGGAGGAGGGGGAGAGCACCAACAGUGACCUGCCUCCGAGUCGCAAGACCCGCGACAGCUGCGACGCCUGCGCCAAAUCCAAAGUGCGCUGUGGCAAGCAGCAUCCACGAUGUGAUCGAUGUGUGGCGCGCAACAAGCCAUGCAACUACGGCUUCAUCCGACCACGAGGGCGGCGACGUCUGUCGCAGAUCCCCCCAGGGGGCAAUCUCACCCCGGUUACGGACACCCAAAAUAGUUCGCCCGACCGGGCGGACCCCAACAACCACAACAAUUUUCAGCACAUCGACCUCUUCAACACACUGGGCUAUCAGGACCUCGAGGCCAUCGCAGAGAAGCUCAACGACUACUCUGCAACUGACCGUCUCCUCGUCAACCCGCCCACCAGCGUGGGACACAAUGACUUCCAGCUCAUCGACGACUGGCAGACGAUGGACCAGGAGCUGCAGCGGCUGCUAGACAUCACCACCCCGCAGCCCACCCCGGUCCUCGAAGUCACCCCCCACCAAUCCAGCUCGCAAUCCAGCAUCCAAACCGGCCUGUCCUCCCUCUCCACGAGCUCCCCAUCCUCCACCUCGUCCCCUUCUCCCAGCAUCUCCUCCCUCCAUGGUCAAUCCUGCAUCACCCUGACCUUCAACACACUGCAAGCCCUCCAUCCGCCAUCGGACAAAUGCGUCCUCAACUCCAACGCACCGCCGCCCCGCAGCCUCGACGCCGUCCUGCACCUCAACCAAAAAGCCAUGAGCAAUCUCUCGCUUGUCAUCGGCUGCCCCUGCUCUCUGGACUUCAGCUUCGCGCCCCUCAUUGCGCAAGCCAUCUCCAAGGUUCUGAUUUGGUACCAAGCCAUCCUGGACGGCUGCGAAGCGAUCCCUGAAAUGGCAUUCAUGCAGCCGACCACGGCGCCGACGCGCGUGCGCGUCCUGCCCAUCAAGAUCGGGCAGUUCGAGCUCAGCGAGGGCGACCACCGCCGCAUCGUCGCGCAGAUGGUCAUGAACGACCUGGAGAAGGUGCGCGGGCUGGUGGAGAGCUUCACGCAGUCGUACUGUCGGCGCGAGGCCUCGCCCACGGAUGCGGACCAGUCCAUGUGCUUUAUAUUGGAGUCGGCGCUGCGACACAAGUUGAAUGAUACCCUUGGUUCUGCGGUUUUGAAAAUGACGGAUUGAGCUUUUUGGCUGUGGGUCGGGUGUUCGUUAUGAGGUUUGGGGUUCUUUCGGGUUACGUGUAUAUGGAGUUGGAGUUGGGGUGUUUUCCAGGGAGGGCUGUCUGUUGUAUUAUUCCCAAUGAUGAUGAUUUUUGAUGAGCAAUGGAUCUCUUAAUUCUUUUGUUGGCUUCUUUUUUCUUUUUGUUUUUCUUCCGACUGACGACUCGGAAUGUUGGCGACUGGGAAGGGUGGCGCGGUUUCCUAUAUGCCUUAACGCUGUAUAGACCAAGACUAGAGAAGCGGACUGUGGAGUUUUACUACGGGAGCAACAGUGCGUUGAUCUAUCUGUACCAAUCCAAUGAGAGUGUGG